AUGCAGCAAGCCUGGUGCAGCCAAAGGAAUCUUCCGGGAGCCUGGGGACGUGUGUUCUCCCUCUAUGGGCCUGAAGAAAACCCGGCCCGCCUGGUGGCGUCUGUCAUACGUGCCCUGCUCAAGAGCGAGGUUGCCACCUGCGGCAAUGGAGGCCUUGUGCGUGACUACGCGCAUGCAGAGGAUGUCGCGUCCGCAUUUGUAUCCAUUCUCGAAAGUGACCUGAGUGGCCCGGUCAAUAUUGGGUCUGGAGAUGCGGUCAGCCUGCAUGAUCUUGUUGAAAAAAUAGCCAUCAAGCUGGAGGGGCGUGACCUGACCCGGUUCCGUGACCCCUCCCUUGCUUCGAGUGGCGAGCCGCCACUCCUGCUGCCGGAUAUCAGCCGGCUUUUGUCUACAGGAUGGCAAAAGAAAUUCGAUCUGGACUCCGGGCUGGAUGACACGAUAGCCUGGUGGCGCCGGCAACCCGGGAUGCCCGGAGCCUGA